UACAGCCAAAUAGUUUGAGUAGGCACUCUUCUGCUUCCUGCCUGCCCGCCUGUCUUGUUCGCUUGCUCUGCAGCUGAGAGAGAGAGAGAGGGGGGCGCUGAGAGAAAAUCCCUGUUUAGGCAUGGACCUCUGGCUGCAGCUCUCAGCAGCUCUGUGAGGAAUGACAACAGCUCACAUGGUCAUUUACUGAGGGGAGAGACGCACCGUAGCUCAGCAGGCGCAGAGGCGACGAGCGCCUCCCAUGUUCCGGGACAGGACAGAAAAGCUCCGGGUGAAACGAGAUCACUGAUGGAAAGUGCCUUUUGAGACAACAUCCCUACUAGAAGAUUCUCGAGUGUUUAUGAAAAGCUCCAGAGUUUUCCUCUCUGCAGUCGUGGCAAGUCAAAGUUCAACCACAAGCCCCCUCUCACCCUUCCCGACUCUUGCUUUAUGCUUGCUCGUGCUCUCUAAAGAGCUAAGAGUUGGACGCUGCUUCAUUGCUGGCCAAAAGUGCUAAAGUGUUAAAAGAACAUGUGCUAAACUUCAAAAUAAGGCCACACACUUGUGCGCUGCUCAUAAAACAGGAUAUUUGAGGACACUGGUUCAUGUAAUACAGGUUGUUUGCAGUGAUGCCCUGUCCCCUUCGUCAGAGGUCUGCACUUGAGACRUACUGAUUGAUCGAUGAGCAGUUAUUUGUUGAAUUGACAACCUCCACAGCGCCACGUUUGUGCAUUCUCAUGCUCAGGUCACAGAGACUUUGCCAGUCCAUUACCUCUGUUUUUUUCUCUCUGCAAGGACAARCCUCACCCCUCUGACCUGAAGCAGAGUAUUUAUAGCUCCAUGUUACACCAGUUUUAGUUUUUAUCCCUUUUUUAAAAAUUGUUUUACUGAGAGACCUUGUCCGAGGACAAGCCUCCACCGAGCAGCUCAUCCCCCAGCCGUCGCCCUCGACAUGGCUCUGAACAUAGCCUCCAUACGGGACACGAAAUGGCUGACCCUGGAAGUGUGCCGGCAGUUUCAGAGAGGAACGUGCUCACGCAGCGACGAAGAAUGCAAAUUUGCUCACCCGCCCAAGAGCUGCCAGGUUGAGAACGGGAGGGUGAUCGCCUGCUUUGACUCGUUAAAGGGCCGUUGCACGCGAGAGAACUGCAAGUACCUCCAUCCGCCUGCACACCUGAAGACUCAGCUGGAGAUCAACGGGCGGAACAAUCUGAUCCAGCAGAAGACGGCGGCUGCCAUGUUGGCCCAGCAGAUGCAGUUCAUGAUCCCCGGCACCACCAUGCAGCCUGUGACGUUUCCAGUCACCCAGGGCUUGGGUUCCAGCGCCGGUUUGAGCUAYACGCCGUACCUGACUCCGAUGUCCCACAGCAUGGGCCUGGUCCCCACAGACAUCCUGCCCAGCACUCCCGUCAUCGUCCCCGGCAGCCCGCCCGUCUCCGUGGCCACAGGCUCCUCCUCCAACCAGAAACUUCUUCGUGCCGACAAGCUAGAGGUCUGCCGCGAGUUCCAGCGGGGCAACUGCGCCCGCGGUGAGACGGACUGCCGCUUCGCUCACCCAAGCGACAGCCCCAUGAUCGACACCAGCGACAACACCGUCACCGUCUGCAUGGACUACAUCAAGAGCCGCUGCUCUCGUGAGAAGUGCAAGUACUUCCACCCCCCGGCUCACCUCCAGGCCAAGAUCAAGGCCGCCCAGCACCAGGCCAACCAGACGGCUGUGGCCGCGCAAGCUGCCGCCACAGCUGCCGCCAUGACUCAGUCGACUGCCAAAGCAAUGAAGCGACCCCUCGAGGCAUCUGUAGACCUGGCGUUCCCCCACGGCGUCCUCCAGCCGCUACCAAAGAGACCAGCACUUGAGAAGAGCAACGGAGCCAGCUCCCUGUUUAACCCCAGUGUUUUGCACUACCAGCAGGCGCUGGCUAACGCACAGCUCCAGCAGCCUGCUUUCUUUCCCACAGGGUCAGUGUUGUGCAUGACUCCUGCUAGCAGUCUUGCAACAACUCCUGCCACAAGUGUCCCCUAUGCAGCAACAGCACCAGCCAAUCAG